CUUUCCGUUGAUCUCGUGACUGAAAAUAGUAUGUUGGGAUACAGUCUUCAUCCUGUCUGUUCUCCAGAUGCCAGCGGUAUACCGUUUUGGCCUACUGGUAUGAACGUGACAUAUCAUUUGCAGCACUUGGGUUUCUUCCCAGCCACUUGGCCCGUGAUGACCACGUGACCAUGGGCACCGGGUCCAUCAUCCCUGGUUAACGAAGCAAUCCCGGGCUUCUAACCUUCCUCCAUCCACCAACAUCCUACAGACACCCUGACCAAAGCCUUUUGUUCUGACUGCAGGUCCAACCGUGAUAGUUAGUCUUAAAACCGUAAUUGUAUCCUGAUCUGUUAUUGUAUGGCGUCUUCGAUAUGAAACCCUUUCAUCGGCUGGGUCGCUUCUUUCGAAGGCCACCGUCUCCUCGACGCAUCUCUACAUCUUCUAACUUCCCUGUACUGGACCCCGCCACAAAGAUUGAAGAAGAGCGAAUGCCCGCCUAUGAGCGAGGCCUCUUCUAUCCGGUCAAAUAUGGAGACGUGUUCGAGUCUAAAUACCAGGUUCUCAGCAAGCUGGGUUUUGGCGCUAAUUCCACGGUUUGGCUGUGUCGUGAUCUUCAUGACCAUCGAUACAUCGCAUUAAAAGUGUACAUCCGGGGCCCUGAAGCCAAUCAGGAAGUCCGUAUUCUGAAACAUCUCGCAGGGAUGAAGACAAAUCAUCCUGGGAGGGGUUUGGUUCGGUCCAUGAUUGAGGAAUUCCAGGUCGCAGGGCCGGAAGGGAGCCAUCAAUGUAUUGUGUACGAACCUCUUUUGACCAGUCUGUUGCAUUUCCAAGCAACCUUGAAUCCGAAAAGUCUUUCUGAGGAUUUGUUGAAAGGGGCGUUGCAGCAAUUGUUGCUGGGGCUUGAUUAUUUACAUUCGGAGGCGGGGGUGAUACAUACUGAUAUACAAGCCAAAAAUAUUAUUAUUGGCUCGAUGGAUGAUGGGAUAUUCCGCCAAUGGGAUGAGGAUGAGCAACGUGAACCCAGUCCGCGAAAGGUAGAUGGGGGAUAUAUCGUCUAUCAGAGCCGGUUGUUUCGGCGGGAGAAGGGAUGGAAUGGUGGCUUUGGGAUGCCAGUUCUUUGUGAUUUUGGGGAGGCUAGGAUGGGUGAUGAACAUGAUGGCUUGAUUCAGCCGGAUAUUUAUCGUGCGCCCGAGGUUGUUCUCGGGAUGAGAUGGACGGAAAAGGUUGAUAUUUGGAAUGUGGGAGCAUUGAUCUGGGACUUGUUUGAAGAUCAUCAUCUGUUUGAUGGUAGAGGACCCGACGGAGUUCAUUCGAAUGCUCAUCUUCUCGCGGAAAUGGUAGCGGUGUUGGGUCCCCCACCGGUUGGGUUUCUUCGGAAGUCGUCUCGGAGUGAAUUGUAUUGGGAUUCGUUAGGGCAAUGGAAGCAUACGGUUGAGAUUCCAGACAAUUCGUUGGAAGACUCGGAAGAGUAUCUUGAGGGCGAGAAUAAAGAGAUGUUUAUGCGGUUUGUGAGAAAGAUGUUGCGUUGGGAUCCGGAGGAAAGGCAGAGCGCCCGAGAACUUUUAACUGAUCCUUGGUUGACGGGUCCUUAGGGUAGACUUUUGUUUUCUUCUUUCGUUUUUGUGAUAUGAGGUUGUCGUGGGGUCUUUUAGGAGAAACACAUACCCUCAGCCAAAGGGAUUUCUGCGGUUCGGUUUCUUGUCAUUAUAUCGUUAGUCAAAGUAUGUUGGGACAGUUUCUUGUUCCGCCUGUUCUCCAGAGCCCAGCGGUAUAUCGUUUUUGUCCGUAUGAAACGUGAAAAACUAUAUGAUCCGCUUGU